AGUGCUAAAACUACCAGAUAACAAACUUGAGCUAGAAAACAACCGCUUGAUAUCUGCCAACACUGUUGUCAAAGCACAUCCUCAGUUAAAUUACGUCGCUAAUGUUAAGUAACGUUAACAGACAUUAACGUUAUGUUUCUUUACCAACUUAUGUUCAUUGGGAAGUGGCGAGCACAAACAGGAUCAAGUGAGCUUAACAGGACACGCACACCACCCAAAAAUGUCACGUAAACAGCGUUUCGAUGUCAAUUAACACCUGGCAAAUUUAACCAUUUACUAUUUCAUUUAGUGCCUGUUACGAGGCAGUUAUCGAUCAACGAGGCAUCACCGCCGCCGGGACAUUUACAUUAGAAAUGCCUGGCCCUGACGACGUCGCCAUAGCUAGCUAGCAUCAGCUCGGUUAACUAAAAGUUAGCUAUCGGCUAAGCUAGGUCUUUCGAUUAAGACACCGAGAAACACCACAAUUAUCCCCGGAGAGAAACUUACCUUUUUGGGAAAUUCUAUCGUGUGAAAUUGGAUGUACAUCACGUCGGGAAUGCCAGCACAAAUUGAGCAGUAGAAGCCAGGUUGGGAAACACGUCAUCAUCAGGCGACAGUGUGUUUCUGCUGUCCUAGCAAGCUCCUGACAAGCUACCCUCAGACACAGUCGAAGUUAAACCAGUUUCGGAGCCCCAAUGACGGCCUCCACUCGCAGGACGGUGUUGUCGCUGUACACGCGGGUGUUUCGCAUUGCCCGAACCUGGCAGGCACAGAGUGGGGUAACAAGUGAAACAGAGACCGAGAGAAAGUACAUACUUCAGGAGGCCCGCACUCUCUUCAGACAGAACCAGCAGCUCACAGAUCAAGAAUCGAUAAAGAGGUGUAUAGAAGAAUGUGAAGCUCGGAUAGAAAUAGGUCUGCAUUACAGGAACCCGUAUCCAAGGGCUACCUACCUACCACCACUGGGACUGGCGACUCAGAAAGGCAGGAAGCUGCGAACACAGCAGCGCCUGAGGAAGCAGGCCAAGCCAAUUUACUUAGAGUCACAAGACGAGACUUGAUGCUCGAUAUCCCCGCUCCUCUCCAAGAGUUUUGCGUUACCAGGGACAGGAAACUAGAGUGUAGUCACAUGCUGGUCUCAUGGGCUGAGUAGUUUGUGAGGCGCUCGAUGAUGCCUGAAUACCCGUCAUUCAGGAAAAAGCCAUUAAGUUUCAUCGACAUUGUGUUUUGUUUUGUUUUUUGUUUUGUUUUUUUUACUGUGAACUGCGUAAACAUGAGUCAUAACUGUAGGUUUAAAAGUGACCUGUAAGAUCAAGUUGUAUUUCAUAUUUAUUUUUCUGUGUUUAUGUUGUUAUAAACUCUUCACACAUCCUCAGAACAUGUGAAAAUACAGGUUCGUGUCAAAAUUGUGUAAGAGUACAAAUAUAUUUUCAUUUCAUUGACGUCUGACAGUAAAGUCUUAUAUUCUACUCAAA